GGUGAUCUAAGUGUAGGCCUUUGCUUUGAUAGAGGAAAGGUACAAGAACUUUUAAAAUAACACCGAACUUGUUCACUUUGAAUGCUUGUUCAUGUAAGCCGACAUGAAAGGAACAAAAAAUAGUUUGCUCUAUUCUUGUCUCUUUCUUGUCCACGUGUAGGAUUUUAGAGCACAGAAAUCUUCCAUGGCUUUGAUCUCCCCACACACUCUUUCUGCCACCUUUGCACGGUGAUGCUUGAAACCUUCCUCUCUUGCUAAAGAAUUGCUCUCUUGCUUCCUGUUUCACUGCGCUAAAAACUUCUUAGCACGCAAUGCCCCCUCCACUUCACUGUCACAAAUCUUGUUGACGGUGUGCUGAAACGAGGCGCUUGUGGUUUGUGUCGCAGCUACGCUCUCGGGCAUUUCUGCUUUUCAUUCAGAAGCCAAACCUCUUCAUCAGCAAGAGCAAGAGAGCAAAUGGAACAGAGCAAGACAUGAGGAACCUGGUGUAUGCGACUAUUUAUGGAUCCAUUAUUGCUGUUGGUUUGCCACUCAACAUCAUAUCUCUGUGGAUUCUGCUCCGUCACCAUGGACGAAAGUCGCCCAGCGCCGUCUUCAUGGCCAACCUGGUGGUAUCAGACCUGCUGCUCAUCCUCUCUCUGUCCUUGAGGGUCUACUUUUAUGCUACGGGCAUCUGGCAGCUGGGUGGGAUGUGGUGCGUCUGGUUCACCAUGCUCUUUCGCAACAACAUCCGCACGAGCUCCAUCUUCAUCACCUUCAUCAGUGUGGACCGGCUGCUGGCUGUGGUUUAUCCGUUGAGGUCGAGGCUUAUUCGGACACCAGUCAACGCCGUGAAGGGCUCUGUUCUCGUCUGGACGAUUGUAGUGAUGUUGAAUAUCCCAGAGAGUGUGGUCUUUCUGAGAAAUUUUGACAAUCAAACAUGUUUUGAUUCUUACACAGCAAAUAUGAAUCAAACCAGCAGAGGAAAUGACGAGAUAGUGGAACUCACAAUUGGUUAUUUCCAGCUUGUGUUGAUGCUGACCAUGCUGACAGUUAACAUCAUCUCCACAGUUAUGGUGUCCUGCACUCUUCAAAGACAACUAAGUGAGUCUGCAAAGGUCAAUAACAAACUGAACGUCAUGCUGAUUUUCGCCAUGAACCUGAUGAUGUUCGUCGUUUUCUUCUUGCCGGUGUCUUUGGUUGUGUUCUUUGAUCACCUGAGGCCCGUUCUGAGCUGCCUCGCAAGUGUGAACUGCUGCCUGGACCCUGUGCUGUAUUACUUUUCUUUUGACGGGUUCUGGAAAAGAAAGGAGGAUGUGGAAACAUCUCUUGCAAGUCGCGGAACAUGAACAGACUGACAGCAAUGUGGCAGUUAAGCAGAGAUAAGAUUACAUCUUUUUUUCUUUCUUUCUUUUUACAACAAAUUAUGCUUGUAUCAGUGUGUUUCCUGUUCUAUCUAGUAAAAUAUAUAUAUAAAAAAUUGAACCAGAAAAUGUUUUGGUUGACUUUUGAAAUUAUAAUGAUAAUAAAAAAAAGAUUACUAGAUUGCUGCAUUACUUGAAUAAACUCAUUGAAUUAAUUUAAGUUUUGUUGCUAAUUACACAUUAAACUAAGUAGCUGCUAGUUUCUAGAGAGUUGUCAAGGAAUGCAUUCAUUUGUUUUAGAGAGAAUAUUUUAUGGUAAAAUGACUUGAAAUGGUAUUUGCAAAUAAAAGUUUGGCGUAACCUGAUCAAACUAUUGUGAUUUUAUCUGAUGCAGUGCAGAGUUAUGAACCAACAGGAAAGCAUUUUUUUUUUACAAAUGAAAAGGGCGCCUUUUUUUAUAUCCUGUCGAUUUUACUCUGACAAUCUAUAUCGAUAAAAUCCUGAGCAAUAACCUACCUUUAGAAGUCGCCUGAUUAGUAACACACAAGCUUUCCAUGGACAAUAAAUGGAGAAACACAGAAGAACACAACAAAUAGAUCAGAAUAAACAAUGUCAAGAUUUUCCUGAAUAAAACCUCUUAAAAGUUUGAUGUGCAUUUGUGGAUCAGAAGGGAAAUGCAACCCACAUUUUUCAGAUUUGUUUUUUUUAAAUAUUGAUAUUUAUUGAUAUAAAUAUUCUUUUCCUCCUUUUUUGGACUAUCAUAUGAGAUACCUAUAAAAUACUUUAAAGUGUGCAAUUGCAACGUGACAAAUCUUAAAUGGUUCAUAAGCUAUGAAUACUUUGCCAAGGCACUGCUUGAUAUAGAAAAAAAAGAUGUAACUUCCAAUAAGUAGAAAUGUAAGGUCUAUGUUUGUUGCUGUGAUCAGAAUGUUACAUUUGUCUUUUUUCAGAAUUGUUCCUAUUUAUUCAUCCCCUCUGGUCUUUCUUUUUAAAUAUGCCACUUUCAAAAUAAAGCAAACCACAGCAAACACAAGAACAGGACAUCUUUGUUUCCCGCUUCUGCUCUCAUAACUGCAUUUAGAGUUCUCAUUCUGAGCACAUGAGAUCUGUUGCUUUGGAAUAAGAUGCAGAAUUUGUAUGCAUAAAAUGUUGCCUCUUGUAAAUAAAGUAAGGUCGUCGGUCCAUAAGGCUGCGGCUGGCCAGAUAUUGCUUGAGUGUGACCCUUCUUAAAUUGGAGUCCUGUGUGGAGGCGCUCUUCUGCCUCGAGCUGCUCCAUAUAUGUUUAAUGUGACCUACCUGUGCCCUCUGCAGGAUGAAACUCAACAACAAGAGACGGAAGGAAAAAAAAGAAAUACAACAGCUUGCAGUCACAAAUCUGUAUCGCAGUCUGUACUCACUCAACCCUGGUCAUUUGUUUUCACACCAUCGUGUAUGACAGCUUUUAUUCAGUGCGCUGUGUGUGUAUUGGAUUAUUGCACAUGGCUUGAAAGGGGUGUGAUCUUUAAAGAUUCUGUUCAUUAUGAAAGAGGUCAAGUUGUUGCUUUUAUAUCUUUUAUAUCUAAUGCCAUAUUUGAAGGUUAUGAUCUGUUUAGUCUGGGAUAAAAGCAGAAAAUACACAAAAAAGCCUCCUUUCCUGUCUGCUUCUUCCUCAAGCACGCAUACUUGCAUGGACACGCAAACACACAACCUUUAAC